AUGGCCGACCUUGUCGCCCCGUCGCGCAGUAAGCGGGCUCGCUCGCCCUCGCCGGCUUAUGGAGGCGACACUCUUGCUUCGCCCUUGGAGGUGUUGUUGAAGAGACGCAGAAGAGGAGAGUGGACCACCUCGUCUGGCAACGCCGCAUCAACCUCUCGCACCAGCAACGGCGGCAGCAGCAUGUUUGUGCCGCCCCCUCCGCCGCCUGUGUGGCGUCCAGACCCUUACAGUCAUCAUCAACACACCUCACGCAACAUCGAGGAAGGCGAUGAUGACGCUCACGCGUCGAGUUCUCAGGCAGCCACAAGCUCUCCACUGCGUCGCCGAGACGACGACGACGACAUGGCCGAAAGCUCGACGGCAUGGAUGCGCCGCGCAGGUGUCGAACGCCGCCGUCAGCGUGCUUGGGAAUACCUCCAGAACCCAGCGACCAGCAGCAACGUCCCCAACACUGCGUCCGCGCCGACGACGACGGCAGCAACCCACACUCAGUCGCACUCUCAACCCGAAACACAAAUGCAAAUGCACAUGCAAAUGCAGAUCGAGAGCUCUCCAGCUGCCCGAUACGCUCGCGCGAGGUCGGCGUCGGCACUGCACCAGCCCGCACAGACCCCCGAACCAGCGGCGACCCACCCCGCCAACAUGUCUUCUUCCCCCGUGCGCCACCGGCCGCCAUCGUCCACUCCAUUCCGCGGUGACGACGAGUGGACAGAAGAUGAACGCAUGCGCGAGUGGGGAGCAGAGUAUGCGGCCCAGAACGCCCUUUUGUACUCUCUGCACCGCGCACGAGUGGACGGCGGCCCACUCACCAGCGAUCCACCGACACCAGCGUCACAAGUGUACAACACCCACACCACACCGCAGUCCAACCCUUACGGCCUUGUCCCCACACCAUACCGCUACGCCCAGCGUACUCCGCUAGCUACGCCGGGCCUCGUCUCAAGCCCAUACGAGUCUUCCCCCGUCCCCUUCUCCCCGGCCAUUGUACCACCGCCAGCGGGUCCUGUGCCUUCCCCAGCGACGCACGACCACGAGGCCGUCCGUGUCGGAUACGAAGAGACCAACCGUCUCCUCGCGGCACUAAACGUCGCACGUCUCCGGCGCCACGGUGCAGACAGCCACGAACACGACGCCGCCGACAACGGUCCCGGCCAGCAACAUGCGCCCAUGGAUGAGAUGGACGAGCAUUGGUGA